ACUGUGUCUUUAUUUUUUAGAUAUUCUGCCACUCGCUUUUGCGUCCCCCUUUUUCCUGAUACUCAUUGGGAACGCUUACUUUUAAAAUGUUUUAAUUUAUAUAUCCACUUUACAUCCCAAUCGCAGCCCCCUCCUUUCUCUCCCCCCCCCACGUCUCUCUCCUCUUAGAAAAGGGGAGUGCCCCCGCCCCUCACCAACCCACCCCAGCACAUCAUGUGACAUCCGGACUGAGCUCAUCCUCAUCCACUGAGGCCAGACAAGGCAGCUCUGCAGGGGGAAGCGACAGAAAGCAGUCAACAGGGUCCAUGUGAUAGACAACACCCGCUCAAAUCACUAGGGGACGGACAGGAAGAUUAAACUGUCCAUCGCUACACACGUCCAGUCCUUGGCUGAAGCUUUCGUCUCCACAAAGCCCCCAUGGGUCUAGGUUCGUUGACUCGGUUGGUCGUCCUGUGGCGUCCCUGUCUCCUCCAGGUCCUUCCGUCAUUAACCCCCACACCUCUAGGCCUCCAGGAUCUCCGCCCAAUGCUUGGCUGUGAGUCUCAGCAUCCGACUCGAGCAGCUGCUGGGGGGGACCUCUCAGAGAACCGUUACGUAGGUUCCUGUCUUGAGAGGUGCAGUUUGAAAUAAGUUCUGUGUUUGCAGCACAGAUCCCACGCCCAAGCCGUCCGACCUGCCAAUCGGUGCCUUUGCAACACCCAGUUCUGUGAUUGGCUGUUGCGGAGACGCCCACCUAGACUUCGGGGCUACGGUGGCCGACAGGGGGCAAUAGGCUUGCGCAAGGAGGGAAGCUUUCCGGCGUUACCCGAGCAGUUUUGAGUGUCCGAGUGGGCUGUGCGGAGAUGGCGGCGGCGGCGCUGCUGGCUGUGCUGGACAGGAACCAUUUGCUGCGGGUCCCGAUCCUGCUGCUGCAGCCAAGGGAAUGGGCUUGGAAGCAGAGAACCAUGAAGUAUGGAACGACCUCAGGAAGAAGCAUUACGAAGGUCCUCGUUGCAAACAGAGGAGAAAUUGCCUGCAGGGUGAUCCGAACAGCCAAAAAAAUGGGCAUACAGUCUGUGGCUGUUUACAGUGAGGCCGACAGGGGUUCCGUGCAUGUAGACAUGGCAGAUGAAGCAUACAGCAUUGGCCCUGCCCCAUCCCAGCAGAGUUACCUCUCCAUGGAGAAAAUCAUUCAAGUGGCCAAGAGCUCUGCAGCACAGGCCAUCCAUCCAGGAUAUGGUUUUCUUUCAGAAAACAUGGAAUUCGCUGAACUGUGUAAACAAGAAGGAAUUAUUUUUAUAGGUCCUCCUUCCUCUGCAAUUAGAGACAUGGGUAUAAAGAGUACCUCCAAGUCCAUCAUGGCUGCUGCUGGAGUACCUGUUGUGGAAGGCUACCAUGGCGAGGACCAGUCUGAUGAGUGCCUGAAAGAGCAUGCUGGGAAAAUCGGGUAUCCUGUUAUGAUCAAAGCCGUCCGUGGUGGAGGAGGAAAGGGCAUGAGGAUCAUUAGAUCAGAAAAAGAAUUUCAAGAGCAGUUAGAAUCAGCCCGGAGGGAAGCAAAGAAGUCUUUUAAUGAUGAUGCUAUGUUGAUUGAGAAGUUUGUGGACACACCAAGGCACGUGGAAGUCCAGGUGUUUGGUGACCACCACGGCAACGCAGUAUACUUGUUUGAAAGGGACUGUAGUGUGCAGAGACGGCAUCAGAAGAUCAUUGAAGAGGCCCCAGCGCCGGGGAUUAACCUUGAAGUAAGAAGAAGGCUGGGCGAGGCCGCAGUCAGAGCUGCGCAGGCUGUCAAGUAUGUGGGCGCAGGAACCGUUGAAUUUAUUAUGGACUCACAGCACAACUUCUACUUCAUGGAGAUGAAUACGAGGCUGCAGGUAGAACACCCCGUCACUGAGAUGAUCACCGGAACUGACCUGGUGGAGUGGCAGUUCAGGAUUGCAGCGGGAGAGAAGAUUCCUUUGAGGCAGGAAGAAAUCCCUGUGCGGGGCCAUGCCUUUGAGGCUAGAAUAUAUGCAGAAGAUCCUGACAAUAACUUCAUGCCCGGGGCCGGGCCAUUGGUCCACCUCUCUACCCCUCAGGCAGACGUGUCUACGAGGAUCGAAACUGGAGUACGGCAAGGAGAUGAAGUCUCGGUUCAUUACGACCCCAUGAUCGCAAAGCUCAUUGUGUGGGCCCCGGAUCGCCCGUCAGCCCUGUCGAAACUGAGGUACAGCCUUCAACAGUACAACAUUGUCGGCCUGCGCACCAACGUGGACUUCCUGCUCCGGCUCUCUGGCCACCCGGAGUUUGAGGCUGGGAAUGUACACACUGACUUUAUCCCGCAACACCACAAGGAACUGCUGCCCACUCACAGCGCCGUAGACAAGGAGUCUGUGUGCCAGGCAGCUCUGGGGCUCAUCCUCAAAGAGAAAGAUAUGACCGGCGCCUUCGGACUUCACACGCAAGAUCAAUUCUCUCCGUUUUCAUUCAGCAGUGGGAGAAGACUGAAUUUCUCUUACACCAGAAACAUGACUCUGAGAAGUGGCAAAAGUGAUGUAGUCAUAGCUGUGACAUAUAACCACGAUGGGUCAUAUGACAUGCAGAUUGAAAAUAAGACCUUCCGAGUCCUUGGGGAUCUUUCCAGUGAGGGAGGCUGUUCCUACCUCAAGUCCUCUGUUGAUGGAGUAGCCAGGAAAUCCAAGUUCAUCAUCCUGGACAACACUAUCUACCUGUUUUCUAUGGAAGGCAGUAUUGAAAUUGGCAUUCCCGUACCCAAGUACUUGUCUCCAGUGAGUUCAGAAGGAACUCGGGGAGGUACCAUCGCUCCUAUGACAGGAACCAUUGAAAAGGUGUUCGUGAAAGCUGGAGACAGAGUAAAAGCCGGAGACUCUCUGCUGGUUAUGAUUGCCAUGAAGAUGGAGCAUACCAUAAAAGCUCCAAAGGAUGGCAGGAUAAAAAAGGUGUUCUUCAGAGAAGGAGCCCAAGCCAACAGACAUGCACCCUUAGUGGAGUUUGAGGAGGAGGAGGAGGAGUCUGACAAGUGCGAAUCAUAAUGAGCCAUGUCCAUAAAGAAAUGGCGGACCACACAGCAUCUUCUCUGUGAACAGCAAGUGCCUCUCGAAUCUCUAGAUCCCAGAAAAAGGAGCUUUGUUAAAUAAACGAUGAUGUGAUUUACAGGAAA